CAAUGAAUCAACACGGCAACAGGCAGACAUACGCUGCAAAGAGCCAACAAAGUGAGGAAAGACUCUCCCACUUUGGAUCAACACACCCUUCACUUUUCCAGAAAGAGCUGUCGUUAUUUAGUUGUAGGUAGAGGACAGUUUAACUGAGCACAUCCGUUUUAGCGCUGCAGCAGUGCCGCGUGGAGGGAAACCUGCCUCAAUAAAUCAACCAGCAGGGACAAAUUUAAUUUCAAGGAGAAAUAUUGCUGCUUGGGAGAGGAUUUACCAAAGCAUAUCGGGAACGAAGGAGGUACAGUACUAAAAGAGACAGAGCGACACACAGAGUGUUAACAAGGGCAUCAAAGCCAUGGAGCAGGGAGAAAACUACAGCAGCCUGCACGAGUUCACAGAGGAGCCGACCCCCGGAGGGAACCGGCUCAUUCUGGAACACAACAACGACUCUCGGGGAUUGAAGCGAGGCUUUGAGUGUUUGAGGCGUCGGACUGGUCCCCUGAUGCCUUUAUGCUUUUUGGCCUCCAUCUGUGCCAACAUCAUACUCACCGUGCUCUUGGUUGGCAGGCCGGCGCCCGGUGCUCCGCUGGACUCCUCGUCUCUUGGUUUUAAACUGAACUCGGCACGGAGACGUUACACCCAGCUGUGCGAGGACUACGCCGCUCUGGGACAGAACUGUUCAAAGACAGUUAAGCAGUGCAGGGAUUGCCCUGAAGGAUGGCUUCAUGUCGGGGACCAGUGUUACUACUUCAGCAAUAACAAGCUGGACUGGCUGAAGAGCAGAGAUAGCUGUGCCGAUAUGGGGAGCCAUCUCACAAUACUGCACACCAUGGAACAGCAUGAUGCUCUGGUAGAAGAAGCCAAGAAAAUUGGCGGAUUUGAUUAUCACUUCUGGAUUGGCCUGUCUGACCUAGACAACGAAGGAGAGUGGCGAUGGGUGGACAACACAACAUUGCAACACAAAUACUGGGAUCAGUUGAGCUCCGAGCCAAAUAACCAUCAGUCAGGAGGGGAACAUGGAGAGGAUUGUGCCACCUUAGACAGCCAUGCAAAGACAUGGUUUGAUGUUCCUUGUGAGCACAUUUAUAAACGGAUCUGCCAGAUGGAUGUCAUUCAGCUCCACUGAAUCCCAAUACUACUCAAAAGAUUGCAAAACACAAGAUUGUGAAAGACAAAGGAAAUGAAUGGUUUCAGAAUAACAAAAAACAAAUCUCAGACCAAAAGGUUGUUCUUGUGACAUAUAUUUUUAUUUUUCACUGAAGGUUUUUUUCUCAAACUCAAUAAAUUGAGAUACAAUAUAUUGUGGAGAAAAUUGUAUAACUCUAACUUUACAUUUAAAGACAACAUGCAUUUUACAGGCACACAUUUUGGAUCGAGUUGGAUGUAAUUAUUUGUUUUCAGAACAUAUCAUUUGACCUCUUUUGGAGUGUGCCAAUUUAAAAAUAAUGAGCCUAUCAAUAUAUUCAGUUUUGAAUGUCAGGUCUUCAUGUUGCAAAGUUGAAUGCCACAUUGUGUUCUACAUUAUUGUAUAUUUAGUUUUAAGGUUGUUUACCCAUUGAAGGUACAUGAUAAGAGAGGGGGAGCUAUUUGACAGCUCUAAACCUUGGUGAGUCAUUAAGCCGGUGGAUUGUAGUUAACAGUGCUAAUAGCACUAACAGUAUAAUCUACGUCCAACAUCCCCCUGGGGCUACAGCUGUAUGGGGGAACAAGAUUGUGGGGGCUGUGUGAGUCAGUUCCAUAAAUCCUUCUAUCAAUAGACCUUUUCCUUUAACCAUGUUUUGA